CUUUUCGCUCAUCAUGGCGGACCGGUUCAAUAAGGUGGGCAGCUGCUGCGGAAUCAUAAUGUCUUUUUUUGCUAUUUAGUGUUCUGCUGCUUGAUGGCAGGGGCCAUCUACUUGGCCGGCUUGCUGCCCUUGUGGCUAAACAGGUUCUGCUGGGACACAAAGUGGUGGUGGUGAGAUGCGAAGGCAUCAAUAUCUCUGGCAACUUCUACCGCAACAAGUUGAAGUACCUGGCUUUCCUGCGUAAGAGGAUGAACACCAACCCCUCUCGUGGACCAUACCACUUCAGAGCUCCCAGCAGGAUUUUCUGGAGGACUGUGAGAGGCAUGCUGCCCCACAAAACCAAGAGAGGACAGGCUGCUCUGGAUAGGCUGAAGGUGUUCGACGGUAUCCCUCCGCCCUAUGACAAGAGGAAGCGCAUGGUUGUUCCAGCUGCUCUUAAGGUUGUGCGUCUGAAGCCAACUCGCAAGUUCGCUCUGCUGGGGCGUCUGGCACAUGAGGUCGGCUGGAAGUACCAGGCCAUCACCGCCACCCUGGAGGAAAAGAGAAAGGAGAAGGCCAAGCUUCGCUACGGCAAGAAAAAGACACUGAUCAAGCUGACCAAGCAGGCAGAAAAGAACGUUGAGAGCAAGAUUGCAAAAUACACAGAUGUUCUGAAACAGUUUGGAGUCCUUGUCUGAGCUGUUUUUCUCUGGCCAAUAAAGAGAUAAAUGUCUAUA